ACUACAAAAUGGAGAACACACACAGAAGUUUAAGCUUGUUGGUACUUUGUUUCCUGCUAAUGGGACCGAUGCUAGUGAGUGGUCAGAGUGCAGACAACGUAAGAGCAACAUACAAUAACUACAACCCUCAGAAUAUAAACUAUGAUUACAACACAGCAAGUGUUUACUGUGCUACCUAUGAUGCUAAUCAGCCAUUGUCAUGGCGUAGCAAAUACGGUUGGACGGCCUUUUGUGGACCUGCCGGACCUACAGGCAGAGAUUCUUGCGGCAAAUGCUUAAGUGUGACAAACACUGCAACUGGAGCUCAGGUAACGGUGAGAAUAGUGGACCAGUGCUCUAAUGGUGGACUGGACUUGGAUGUGAAUGUCUUCAAUCAAAUUGAUACCGAUGGACAGGGUUACCAGCAGGGUCACCUUACGGUUAACUAUGUCUUUGUUAACUGUGGUGAUUGAUUCAUUCAAUUGUGUGAAUGAAAUAUGCAUCGCUCUUAAAUAAGUACUAGAGCUGCUUCCUAAUAAAACCAUAAAUAAAACCAAUAAAUAAGUGUUAUAAAUGUCUGAUGCAUACAUGGAUGAAAUUAAUAACAAAUCUAGUUCUAUAUAUAUACCUGUAUUUGGAUUUUAUUCUCUCUAUUAUACAAGUAACUGGGAUCUUGGAAAGAAGUUAAUACAUAAGUUAGACUUUUUUUU